UGAAAUGCACAAUAAUAUAACAUUAUUGCUGCAAUGCCAUACCCCAUCCGACUCAUCAAACUCAUAAGUUCUGCUCCCUCUGUCCCAUUUAAUUCUAUACGUUUCUUUUUCACUGCUCGACACGCACUUCAAUGCUCUUAUAAAACAUAGUUUUAUAAUUUAUUUUUAAAAUUUUCUUUUUUGAAUAAAAAAAUAUAACAUUCAAACUUUUAUACAGAGAAGAAAAAUCUUAAAAAUAAGUUAUAGAACUAUACUUUACGAGAGCAUUAAAGUCCAUGCCGCGUCCCCGUCCCCCAAUGUAUAUAAAUAAGGGGGACGGAGGGAGUAAUCAAAAAUCAUAUGCCUUACUUCAGAUCAAUGUGUUACAAACUAUAUUCAUGCAUUGCUAUAUAAUUAUUAUAAUAUUGUAAUUAUUUAUUAAAUCUUGCUUUUGUAAGAUGAUUAGCACACGUCACAUGAAGCUAAGGCGGUGAUUGGAUUUAGCGAUUAGAAGAAUCUGACUUGUAAGAAUGAAAGUUGUUGCACUAAUACAGCCAGGUAUUACCCAUGAAUCUUCUCUAGUAGACCCAAGUAGAAUGACCUGUUAAUCUUCUCAGGUACCAAAUGUUCAUUUUUCUAUCAAAUCAAAUAAUUACAUUUUCUAGUCAAAAUAGGUUAAUCAUCCUGCAUUAUGUUACACCGAAGCUGUGAAUAAAUUUUACAUUACAGCUGACUUCACACUCCACCUGUAAAUAAGAUUGAUGUAUUCUGCACGAAGAUAUUUACGUGAAGUCCGAGCCAAACAUAUUCGAUAUAUUGAGUUAAAAAACAGAGUCUAGCACAAUGAAUGAAGUCCGAGCCAAACAUAUUCGAUAUAUCGAGUUAAAAAACUGAGUCUAGCACAGUGAGGAACUGUUUCCGUAGAAUUGGAUAAUCUUUAAGGAUAUAAUCGUUACAUCUGCCGACAGUGUAGAAGGAACCAGGGAGCAUAUAAUUCAAUAAAAAGGUUUCACAUUGUGUUCAUGCGUGCACCAGAUUGCUAAUAGAAAAAUAAAACUCGAUUUUCUGUUUUUUGGUUACAGAUACUGUACAAGUCACUUAGUCAGAAGACUGUAUAUGUUCUAAAGAAUAUUAGUACCUCUGCAUAUCUAGAAAAAUUUAUAGUGGUGAUGCAACAGAGAGAUUUAGUAAACGGCAUAGGAUAUGGUUACAGGUAAGAGAAAAUCUAUGAUUAGAUCAUAUAAAUCUACAUAUAAAGUGAACAGCAUGAAAUUCUACCAAAACUAUCAUAUAUCUUCUUCUAAUCCAUCUGAGAUUCUCUUCUUUUUUCUUUUUCUUUUUUUUCCUUUUUGCUGAAUGAGUUUGUCACAGAGAUUGUUACACCUAACCAUUUUGUUUUCAUAUCUAGAGAGAAUGCCUUCUAUUCUGCAGCAGCAGUACUUAAUUUAAAUAAAAACAAUAAUCCAAGAUAAAGGGGUUACGGAAACGUCUUGUAAGCUUCAUAGCUAAGCUAGAUAGACUGUUUUUCCUAAACUAAUAUAUGACUAUUCUAGCUAUAUUCUUGACUCAGCUACUUAUACAGCUUUUUGAAAAUAAAUAAAAUUCAGAUUAUUAUGAACAUUACCUUGUUGCUAAAUCUAGCCAGCCUAUAUAAGUCGAUCACCUCAAGAUACUAGACACAUGCCAGCAUAUCCAUCUCUCCCCGUGUCUCUUCUACAUUUCCUUAACUUCUCAGAAACACAUCAGAUUAACAACUGUUAGUUCUUACCUCAAGAUAUAAGAUAUAUAACUUAAACAUGUGGUCAGUUGCCUUCACCAUUACAGCUUUCCUAGCUAUGAGCAUUGUGCGGUGGAUUUACAAAUGGAGGAAUCCAGUAUGCAAUCGAGAAUUACCCCCUGGUUCAAUGGGCUUGCCCCUACUUGGCGAAACACUUCAGUUUUUCGCCCCCAGCUCAUCAUCUGACAUCCAUCCCUUCGUUAAAGAGAGAAUGAAAAGAUAUGGGCCAACUUUCCGAACCAGUUUAGUGGGAAGGUCACUUAUUGUAACAACGGACCCUGAUCUUAGUCAUUAUGUUUUCCAACAAGAGGGCGAACUGUUUCAAAGCUGGUAUCCUGAUACCUUCACACAGAUAUUUGGGAAACAGAAUGUAGGUUCAUUGCAUGGGUUCCUCUACAAAUACCUUAAGGGAAUGGUACUGAAUCUGUUUGGUCCUGAAAGCUUAAAAAAGAUGCUUCCUGAAGUUGAAUGUGCAGCGAAAAGACACUUAAAAUUAUGGUCGGAACAGGACAGUGUAGAACUGAAGGAUAGAAGUGCAUCCAUGAUAUUUGAUCUGACGGCUAAGAAACUGAUCAGUCAUGAUCCAGAGAAAUCAUCAGAGAACCUAAGGGAGAACUUUGUAGAUUUCAUAAAGGGGUUGAUCUCUUUUCCAGUCAACAUUCCUGGAACAGCUUAUCACAAGUGUUUACAGGGACGAAAGAAGGCGAUGAAAAUGUUGAAGCAGAUGCUCGAAGAGAGACAAGUGACACCUAAUAAGCUCCAAAAAGAUUUUUAUGAUUACGUACUUGAAGAACUACAAAGAAAGAAUACAGUCCUUACAGAAGCAAUUGCUUUGGACUUGAUGUUUGUGCUACUGUUUGCUAGCUUCGAAACAACCUCCCUGGCUAUAACUUAUGCGAUCAAAAUUCUAGUGGACCAUCCACAUAUCCUGAAAGAACUAGUAGAUGAACAUGAUGCAAUACUAUGCAAAAGGCAAAACUUGGAUGAAGAACUCACAUGGAAAGAAUACAAAUCAAUGAAGUUUACAUUUCAGUUCAUCAAUGAAACCGCCAGAUUGGCAAAUAUAGUUCCAGGAGUAUUCAGAAAAGCCCUCAAGGAUAUUAAGUUUAAAGGGCAUACCAUUCCAGCUGGUUGGGCAGUUAUGGUCUGUCCUCCAGCUGUGCAUUUGAACCCAUCAGUAUACAAAGAUCCUCUUGUGUUCAACCCAUGGAGAUGGGAGGAUAUGGAACAAAAAGGCGCAUCAAAAAAUUUCAUGGCAUUCGGAGGUGGAAUGAGAUUUUGUGUUGGAACAGACUUCACUAAAGUUCAGAUGGCUAUAUUCCUCCACUGCUUGGUCACCAAGUACAGGUUCAUACUAGUCAAAGGAGGAGACACUGUCCGUACUCCUGGUUUACAAUUUCCCAAUGGCCUUCAUAUUAAAGUAUCGGACAGAUGAAUCACAAGCCGGAGCUAAUACAAUUCAUCAUCAAGCCCAGAAAUGAACCAGAAAAUCCAUUGUAUUUCCAAACAUUAAGCUACACCAAAUAGCUCUGACUCAGCAUAGAAACUUAGAAGAAAAAAGGAACUAUGCUCCACGGAUAUUGUUAUGAAUUGACUGUAUAUUUUUGCCCUUGAACAAGAUUUGGCCUUUGAUUGGAAAUAGGAAAAUCAAACUGAUGUAUGUAGAAACAUCAACAUGUAAAUAUCAUACGUAUUCAGUAGUAAAAUUGGGAGACUUCUGUGAUAUUGUCAGUCAUGUAAACAACUAUUAGUUCCUGAA